AUGUUACGGUGUCGCAGCGCUUUUCCGUUCGCCUGCAAAGCCAACUCUUUGUCUUCUAGCGCGGCGGCCCGAAUGCUGCAGAAACGCGGCAUUUCACUUGUUGGGCCGGCGAGGAGCACUUUCCUCGCGCUGUAUCACGCCCAGCAGCAGCAGCAGCGCAUGUGCGUGGGUUCCAUCCGUGGCUCCGUCCGGAACUUCUCUAGCACUUCAAACCUACACGAAUCGAAAAAACCGAACGACCAGCUUGCCGGCUUCCGUGAGGUGAAAACAUACGAAGGGAAGGGUGACGAGGAGGAGCAGAAGGAGCAGGAGGAUCCUUUCUCGGCCAAUGCGGGGCCGGGCUAUCUGCCCUUUCCUCCCCCUUUCCACACAAUCAACGUGGUCAUGUUACUCUUCCUUGCCAACGUCGUCACAUAUCUUCUUAUGAACUUCUCGGGGAGCGACGGCCUGCGGGACUUUAUCGUUGACCACUUCACUCUCUCCCACGAAAAUGCCUGGAUGAUUUAUCCACUGCUUACCAAUGCCUUUUACCAGGAGAAUCUGUUACAGCUCCUCAUCGAUUGCUGGCUGCUCUGGCAAUUUGGAAACACAAUGCUGGGUUUUCUUGGGAACACCCGCAUGACCUUUUUUGCGGCACUCUGUACGCUCGGUGGAAGUUUCAUUCAUUUGGCGCGCCAACAGUUCGAGCUGUAUUAUGGCAUGGACCCAUUGGAGGUGCGUGGAAGGUGCUACGGCCCCAACCCAUUUAUUCUUGGUCUCGUUGCCGUGGAGGGUCUCAUCUUCCGACACCUCAAUUUUAUUCAGCAGCCACCCGUCCCGUUUUUAGUUCUCACUGCGUUUGUCAUGGUUAUAGACGUCUGGAGGAUUUUCACGACGAAGCCGGAGGAGCACGGUGCUUCGACGGGUGGGGCACUCGUGGCGUACGUCUUCUGGGCUCUUCCCACGCGUAUGCUCGGCCUUGACAAGCUUACGGCUGCAUUGUAG